UUUUGUAAUAUAAUGGACUUGGUUGGCUWUCGUGUAGUCCGAGGGCCAGACUGGAAAUGGGGAAAGCAAGAUGGCGGCGAAGGACACGUUGGAACUGUGAGGAAUUUUGAAAGCAAUCAAGAAGUAGUUGUUGUUUGGGAUAAUGGCACUGCUGCGAAUUAUCGAUGUGCUGGCGUGUUUGACUUGAGGAUUUUAGACAGUAGUCCUACAGGAGUUAAACAUGAUGGGAGCAUGUGUGAUGGCUGUCGAAUGCAACCAAUCAUUGGACUACGCUGGAAGUGUGCUGAAUGUGCAAACUACGAUCUUUGCUCUUUGUGUUACCAUAGUGACAAACAUCAACUACGGCAUCGGUUUUACAGGAUUAGUCAGCCUGGUGCAGAAAGAAUGCUUGUUGAAGCAAGAAGAAAGAGCAAGAAGAUCACAGCACGUGGAAUCUACCCUGGAGCAAGGGUAGUUAGAGGGGUGGACUGGCAAUGGGAAGACCAAGAUGGGGGUCCAGGUCGUCGAGGAAAAGUAACAGAAGUUCAGGAUUGGAGUGCAAACAGUCCUCGCAGUGCAGCGUAUGUCAUUUGGGAUAAUGGAGCUAAGAACCUGUAUAGAGUUGGUUUUGAAGGAAUGUCUGAUCUAAAAAAAAUCAGUGAUGGUAAAGGAGGCUCAUUUUACAGGGACCACCUGCCUUUAUUAGGUGACAACCGUCCUGGWAGUCAAACCACUGCCCAAGGACUUCAAAUAGGUGACCAGGUAACGGUUGACCUUGACCUUGAGAUUGUUCAGUCUUUACAGCAUGGUCAUGGUGGAUGGACAGACGGCAUGUAUGAGACAUUGACCACUGCUGGCACAGUUGUUGGUAUUGAUGAAGAUCAUGACAUUGUUGUGCUCUAUCCAACUGGUAACAGGUGGACAUUCAACCCUGGAAAAAAAACCAAAGUUAGUGCAACAGUUUCUUCAGACACAAGUACAAACUCCAUUGAUUCAUCACUUCUGGUAGCAACUACCUCGUCAUCAACCACCUCAGCUUCAUCRACAUCUCCCUUUGCUGUUGGAGAUCUGGUUCAAGUCAGUAGUGAUAUUGAGAGAAAAAAAACAUGGCAGCGUGGUCAUGGCGAAUGGGCAGAAGCUAUGAUUCCUACACUUGGUAAAAUAGGAAGAGUCCAAAAAAAAAACCAUGACAAUGAUCUAAAGGUUGAGAUCUGUGGUACAUCAUAAAAAAAAAAUCCUUUAUGUGCAACUAAAGUAGCAUCAACCGGUGAUUCAUCGGAAAAAAAAGAAGCUACAGGAGAACGCCUUUCCGUUUUACUCAAGAAACUGUUUGAAACCCAUGUGUCUGGUGAUGUUGUCGAGGAACUGGUUAAGGCAGCUGCUAACGGUGACUCUCAGGCUUAAAAAAAAAUUAUCAACAAAGGCGAAGUUGAUGUCAAUGGUGCUUUUGCUGGUCAUACAGCUCUACAAGCAGCCAGUCAAAAUGGUCACGAGGAUGUCGUAAGAGUGUUGAUCAGACAUAAAGCUGAUGUGGAAAAAGAGGAUAAGGAUGGAGACCGUGCGAUCCACCACGCAGCUUUCGGUGACGAAAAAAAAGUAGUCGAGCAGCUUGUWCGAGCUGGAGCCGACAUGAACGCUAGAAACAAGCGMCGUCAAUCACCGUUACAUGUUGGUGUUAAUAAAGGCCAUAUCGGGGAAAAAAAAGUGUUGAUAAAGCUUAAUGCGCACCCUAGUCUACAGGACUCCGAAGGUGAUACACCAUUACACGAUGCGAUAUCUAAAAAGCGAGAUGACAUGGUGACUGCCCUUCUAGAGGCAAAAAAAAAUGUUAGUAUUACUAAYAAUAAUGGKUUUAAUGCGUUACAUCACGCUGCUCUACGUGGCAAUCCAAGYGCGAUGAGAAUUCUACAAAAAAAACUCCCUCGACCUUGGAUCGUGAAUGAGAAGAAAGAYGAUGGCUAUUAAAAAAAACAUCUUGCUUCGUUGAACAAUCAUGUUGAAGUCGCUGAAUUACUUGAAAAAAAAGUAGGCAUGAUACUGAAAAAGUAUUUCUGCUAUUAUUUGCACAUUAGUAUCAAUAGAAUAAAAACAUCAGAUAAUGCAUUUUCGAUUUUCUAUCCUAAGCUACUUGUCAGAGAGGGCUGUAAACUUGACAUUCCCGACAAGGAUGGCGACACUCCCCUUCACGAAGCUCUUCGACAUCACACUUUGUCUCAGCUAAGACARCUUCAAGACAUGCAAGAUGUUGGCAAGUUACUAAUGGGACUUGGUACCCAAGGAACUGACAAAAAGAGCAGUGCGUCGAUAGCGUUGUUUCUUGCUGCAAAUGGAGCAGACUUGUCAAUCAAGAACAGCAAAGGUCAGACUCCUCUUGACUUGUGCCCAGAUCCCAACCUGUGUAAGGCGUUGGCYAAGUGCCGUAAAGAAAAAGGUGUCCCCAAGAAUCAGCUCAGCAUCUCCCAAUCCGAUGUGAGCGAAGAAGCUCUGCAGGAAUGCAUGGUGUGCUCUGACAACAAACGUGACACGUUGUUUGGGCCGUGCUUCCACGUCACAACAUGCUCGUUAUGYUCUCCUCGUGUUAAGAAGUGUCUUCUAUGCAAGGAACCCGUACAAUCACGAACCAAGAUCGAUGAAUGCAUGGUUUGUUCAGAAAAGAAAGCUAAUCUUCUAUUUAAACCAUGUGGACAUAUAUCAGCUUGUGAAGUUUGUGGUUUACUGAUGAAAAAAUGUAUCCAAUGCCGUGAAGACAUCACAGAAAUUGUGCCUUUUAUUGUUUGUUGUGGAGGAAAAGCUCCACCUCCUUUGGCGGAAAAGUGUUCGAAUAAACAAGAGAUAACUACCCAGGAACUGUCCCAACUGCAACARCAGUUACAAGAUAUGAAAGAACAGACAAUGUGCCCAGUAUGUAUGGAUAGACGGAAAAACCUGAUAUUCCUGUGCGGUCAUGGAACUUGUCAACUAUGUGGAGACAGGAUGCAAGAAUGUCCAAUGUGUCGGAAGACUGUUGAACGGAGGAUUCUGCUCUUUUAACCCGUCAAAUAUUUCUCUGAUCAAAAUAUUAUGAAUGCAUGAGCUCUCCUUUGUAUAUAUCUGUUUUCUGUGGUUGGAGAGUUUGAUCGUCUUUGUUUCUCUUACCGCUUAGAAAUACCAGAUACAGAAACGGAGUUGAUGUUUUUCGUUUUACACCAUGCAGUAGUAACUUGUCGCUCAACAGAAAAAUAGAUCAUGAAAAACGAGAAAAGAUUGAGCAUCAAACAGAAACAAUGCCUUGCGACAAGUUAGGUGAGGACGUAAGAAACAAGUGCAGCGGUCAUGAAGGUUCCAAGGCUACGUUCACACGGUUGCAGUUAAUGAAGGAGCUCAAUGCACUGAAUUCAGGACGCAAAAACCGUCUAUCAAAGCCGUGUUAUCCUGAAGACAGCGUUGUGGUCAUGGUGGUCGACGAUGCAGCGAGCAACGUAUUGUAUCAAGUACUGAAAAAGAUGAAAUUUUAUUGCGAGCACGAGAAAAGCGUGCAGAAUUGCCAUGCAUUGACGGCCUCAACAGUUCCAAUAUCUUGUGAAAGCUAAGAAAUCUCAUGUCAGAUAAACAACUUGUUUAUCAAAUCAUUUUAUCGCCCAAAGCAACCAUGGAGGAAAGCUAAUCGUCAAAAUGCUACAAAUUGUCAACGGUAUCAAAAGGACUUUAUUUUACAUUUUAGAUUAUUAAAAAUACCUGGGCAAUUUAAGAAUAUAUAGGAAAAGUUCUAUCUAUUAAAACAAAUGUAGAAUUCCA